GAUCCGCAAAAGGUUAGAUUGGGAAUUAUCGCGGUUAUGUGCGAUACUAGAUGUCAGUAAAGACGUCAUAUUGCCGUGUCGUUCUAAAAGAUCGAUAUAAAUGCCCGGACUGACGACCGUUCAGCACGCCUGCGUGUAAAGCACUACCAGUAGUAGCGAUACAAGAAACCAAUUACUGCGGCAGCAUGGGCCUCGGAGCAAAAACCAACAUCUGUGCACUGCUCCUAAUAAUUGCAUUGUCGCAGUCCUUCGGAGCUCCUCGGACUGAGAAACCAGCAUCAACGCUUUAUACAGGCGCCGCCGACUGGACUCUACGACAAGAUGAGCUGUUUGAGGGAGACAUUAUACCAUUUGGAGACAACUCGGACGAUAGAGCCGCGGUGACUGGCAGUGCGGAACUCUGGCCCAGAGGCGUCAUCCCCUACGUCAUCGCUCCAAGGCCAGAUCGAGAGAAGCAAGUGAUCCGACAAGCCAUGGCUCGGAUUGAGGCGAUGAGCUGCCUGCGCUUUGUUAACCGCACCACGCAGAGGGACUACGUCUUGAUUUAUCACGGUAACACGUGCAGCUCCCAUGUCGGCCGCAAGGGAGGACGGCAGGAGCUGUCGUUGGGAACUGGCUGCGUCAACAGAGGCACCGUGAUGCAUGAGCUGCUGCAUGCAGCGGGCUUCUACCACGAGCACACGCGCUCGGACAGAGACGCCUACAUCGAUAUCUUCGAGCAGAACGUUCAACAAGAUAAGCGGCACAACUUCCGCAAGCUGCAGCCUUCGCAGAACCGUCUUCUGACGGCCUUCGACGUGCACUCGGUCAUGCUGUACGGCUCGACAUCGUUCGCGCGAAGGCAAGGCCUCAUCACCAUGCUGGCCAAGGACGGCAGUCACCUGGAGGAGGUCUACGACAAACGGAGGCUCAGCACCAGCGACGCCCGUCGUAUUCGGCUGCUGUACAGAUGCUGAGCGGAUUCGUCGUCGGGUGCUGAAGGCAAUCUAAAGUCGAAUCCACAGCAGUUGUCUCGAAGAGAGACUAAUGAGAAAGUUGUCCUAUAACAUUAAAUGACGUCUAUU